AUGUAUACAGUUCUCUCUCAUAAAUAUGGCACGACUCUUAUUUUCUUGGGAAUCGUUUUAAUUGUAGUUUCUGCUUUCCAAUUUGGUGAGACUGUCAUGGAAUGGAGUUAUGCUCAGUAUGUCAACAUGUUCAGUUCAUUUACAGAUAAUGUAGCAGGAAUAUCAUUUAAGAAUAGGCUGUGUUCCCCUAUUCCAAUAGAUGCUGUCUACACGUGGGUUAAUGGAUCUGAUCCAAAUCUUCUCUCGCAGAUCCGGCACAUAGAAAUGGAUCUUAAAAGACAAAUCAAUGGCAUCAGGGAUGAUAACUGUACAUUUAGCCAUUGCGUACCAACUAAUUUGAUUGUCAUUGAACCAGAAUUUUCCACAGAACUCCGUCUUGAUGAAUUGAAACAAAAGUAUAAAAUGUUUGAAAUGGCCAGCAAAAUGUACUCUUUGAACUUCACAGGAGAACAUCACAAAUUCACUGUGAUUACUUAUCCUGAUGAAAAAGCAGUUUUGAAGGCACUUGAAUACAGAAAAGAAAUUAAAGAGAAAGACAUGAUAAUAAAGCGAGGCUACUAUACUUCUGAUUGGACCCUUCAACAAAGUGUUUUAUUGUCUGAUACAGUUUUGAUGACAGGUCUUACAAAAAAUGUUAAAGUGAAAUCUAUUAAGAAUUUACUUUAUAAGUAUCAGAUUGCUUUUUCCAAGGUAACUCUGUAUAAGAUCCAACAAUUGGCAGUCAUCCAUUUGUCAUCAAAAGAGGCAAUUGAGGAAUUAUUACAGGUUAAUGUUACCUUUGACAACCAAAAUGCUACAUUGGUCGUAGCUAACCUUGUUUGGGAUUUGACUGAUUAUUCUCAAAAUGAAGAUACAUCUCCCAGUAGGUUUGAAGAUAAUGAGGAAUUACGGUACUCAUUAAGAUCAAUUGACAGAUUUGCUCCCUGGAUACGACAUGUUUUCAUUGUCACUAAUGGUCAAAUUCCUUUAUGGCUGAAUUUGGAUAGCCCAAGAUUAACACUGGUUACCCAUGAGGAAAUAUUUCCAAACAGAAGCCAUCUACCGACAUUUUCGUCUCCUGCUAUUGAAGCCAAUUUGCAUCGGAUUCCAGGCAUAUCAGAUAAAUUCAUUUACUUGAAUGAUGAUGUCAUGUUUGGCAAAGAAGUUUGGCCAGAUGAUUUCUACUCUCAUUCAACUGGUCAGAAAGUUUAUUUAACAUGGCCGAUUCCUAGUUGUGAUGAAAAUUGUCCAAACACCUGGAUCAAGGAUGGUUACUGUGAUAAGCAUUGUAAUAAUUCCCAAUGUGAAUGGGAUGGCGGUGAUUGUGAAGGAAAGACAGAUUCAGAACCUCUUCAUUCAAGGAACAUAUGGGCUGGAGACAUCUCUUUUCAAAGUGAUGUCAAACUAAUUUAUUGUAGCAAUGGAUGUGCUAAUAGUUGGUUAGGUGACCGAUAUUGCGAUGAUCCUUGCAAUGUUUAUGAAUGUGGAUUUGAUGCAGGAGAUUGUGGUAUCCAACAUUACAAUGAACUCCAUCAUAUCAACUUUGUACCAGGCCAGGCUGUUUAUAAAGUUGACCCUGGUCAAAAUAUUUUCUACUUUAAUUUGACUUUUCUGGUUGGUGACGAUGGUCGAGUGGAAACCGCAUACAUGCACAGUAAUAAAAUAAUCCGGACUGUUAUCAUCUCUCAAAAGUUCAAAGUCAUGACCUUACUGCUCUAUCCAAAUCAUACAGAGGUUUUGAAUUUUUCCCUGCUUUGCCAUGAAAAGAAUAGCAAUCAUACUAAACAGUUAAAUUUUACUGUAAUGGUUGACACAAAAGCAAUGAAAUCCGUACAUAGUUCCCGUACAAAAUUGGAUCCUUUAAAAAAAUCUGAUCCGACAACACCGACAAUUCUACUUCAGGAAGAAGAACCAAUGAUUGCCAUACAAAAUAUAUCUACACAGCAAUUAUACCCCAAACCAAAGAACUCAUCAUCUAUAUUUUUUGAGACAAACUUCUCUAAUUAUAAUUUACCACAUGAUAUUAAAGAAACAUUGAAUAUAUUGAACAAGUCUUAUGAAGAAGGUGACCUUACAGAAAAAGGAUUCAAAAUAAAAAAAUACCGUUUAUGGAAGAAAUUCAUACAAACCAAUUACACAAUUAAAAUUCCAAACAGUUCACUGGAGAAAAAAUUGAAUGGAUCUUUAAAUUCAAACCCCAAAAUAACUGCGACAUUAAAUCAUCCAAGCCAAAAUCCAAAUUUUGCUGAAAAGGAAUUCCAGCCUUAUAGACCUGAAAGACGUCAUCUGUUAUCUUUUCCUGAUGAUUUCCUUCAACCUGGAGUGUUCCCUUGGGAAAAGAGUAAUGGCUUGAUCUUUAAAUUGCAAAAGGAACUGGAAAAAAGACAGAAAUAUGAAAGGGUUUCUCAAUUCCAAAGAAAGUUGCUUGAUACUUUUGGAGAUUCCAUACGUCAUGUCAAUCGUUUGUAUAACAAGGCAUUCGGCUAUACUUCGCGUAAGGUGUUGGCUCAUAUUCCACAUAUGAUUGACAAGAACGUCAUGAAGGAAUUGCAUGACUUAUUUCCACAAGAGUGGGAAGUUACAAGUUCACACCGAAUUCGAAGUUCAGACGAUAUGCAAUUUGCAUUUGCAUAUUUCUACUAUUUGAUGGGAGUCACCGUGGAAGUAAACCCUGCCGAAAUAUUUGAUGAGACCGACACUGAUAUGUCUGGAGUUCUAUCAGAUCGGGAAUUUAGAACAUUGGCAACAAGACUGUAUACUCUUCCUUUAGAUUUAGUCACAUUGUCCACCUUAGAAGCCAAAAUUAUAAAUUGUUCUGAAAUUUAUCCUGAACUAGAAAAAGAAGUGCCCGAACAUAUCAAAGAGAAAUACUAUGAAACCAAAAUGCCACAACUGACAAAGGAUUUCUUUCUACAAUGCCCAGCCAUUACAGACGUUAUCAAAGAAAAUUUUAAACCACAACCAAAAUAUAAAUACAUCAUCCACGAAGACCAUGAAACUACAUUCCAAAUGAUAAAAACCAAUAUUUCUGCUGCUGUUUCCCAAUUGGACAGAAUUCGGAAACAUCCAAAAAAAUUUAUUUGCUUAAAUGAUAACAUUGACCACGGAAAAGAAGAAUCCCAAACUGUGAAAGCCAUCCUGAAAGACUUUUUUGAGUCCAUGUAUCCAAUUCCUUCUCGUUUUGAACUUCCAAAGCAGUACCGGAAUCGUUUUCUUCAUAUAAAUGAACUUAGAGAAUGGAGGAUAUACCGAAGUUGGCUUCGUUUCUGGACAUAUUUGACACUAACUGUAUUAAUCCUGUUGGCUUUAAUGUCAUUUUGUUCUGAUAAUAUUGAAUCGGUCCACAGGAGGAUAUUUUCUCAUCGUUCAAGAGUUAAAUCUUCAAAUCAACCAAAUAUUAAAGAAAAGGAACGAAAAAUGACAAAAACGGAAGAUUUUCCUUAUCUUGUUUAA